AUGGCGGACGAUGGCAUGCUCCUCAACUUCGAGCUGCCGUCCGGUGCCUUCACCCCCAAGGAGACCUUCCGCGGUGGAAAAUGGACGGAUCGACUGAAGGCGAAGAAAUCCGCCGAUGUACGACAGAAGCGCACCGCCGGCCAUUUUUCGCGAAGCAUCCCCAAGUUCGGGGAGGUGCGGAGCGAGGACGAGGAGCUUAUUGUGCCUGGUGGACCGCCUAGCAAACGCGCGAGAACUGGUGAUGUGGAACAUUCGAGGCCGCGGGAUCCGACUUAUGGACAUCAAACGAGCGGAAAGCCGUCUCAGAGCGCUGCGAAGGGUAUGACUGGAGAAGUGAUCUCCUCGCUAUUUACAUACAAUCCGAAGUCCGUGGUGCCUUCGACCAAAACCGUGCAAGACGAGAGCACGGAGCCGUCGAAUGCGCCUCUCAACAACGAGCUCGACACCUUCACCAGUCUAGGCCUUUCCUCGACUCUGGCGAACCAUCUCCUUAAAAAGCUCGAAAUCAAAGCGCCCACCGCCAUCCAACGCAAAGCUAUUGAGCAGCUGUGCCGCUCCGAUACUGACGCCUUCGUCCAAGCCGAGACGGGAUCGGGCAAAACGCUGGCCUACCUGCUCCCAAUCGUGCAACGUAUCAACGCCAUUUCGCAAGGCAUGAAGGACGCUGGGCAGACGUUCAACCGGGAAAGCGGCUUGUUUGCUCUCGUUCUUGCGCCGACGCGAGAACUUGCCAAGCAGAUCAAUACCGUGCUCGAAAGUCUGCUAAUAUGCUGUCACUGGAUUGUUGGCGGCAUUGUCAUCGGCGGCGAAAAGAAGAAGUCCGAGAAGGCUCGCUUGCGCAAAGGCAUGAAUGUCCUUGUCGCCACGCCGGGCCGAUUGGCGGAUCAUCUCGAGCACACCGAAGUCCUGGACGUGAGUCGGGUUCGAUGGCUCGUGCUUGAUGAGGGCGAUCGAUUGAUGGAGCUGGGCUUCGAGGACGACAUUCAGCGGAUUGUGAGCGUGAUGAAUUUGCGGAGUAAGAAGACGCUUCUACAGCCUAUUCCUGGCCUGCCGGAGCGGAGGACUACGGUGAUGUGUUCGGCGACGCUGAAAGCGGACGUGGACCAUCUCAAAACCAUCACGCUCAAGGAUCCCAUUUCCAUCUCGGUCGAUCCUGCAGAGGCAAGAUUUGAUCAAGAUGGUGCUGUCAUGGAGCAGGCAUUUUCAGCACCGGCCCAGCUGAAGCAAGGCUAUGCGGUCGUCCCGCCGAAACAGCGACUCGUUGCUUUGGUCGCGAUGCUGAAGCAGACGUUCAAGAGAAAGGGCAGUGUGAUGAAGUGCAUCACCUUUAUCAGCUGCGCCGACAGCGUCGACUUCCACUUCGACAUCUUCACCCGAGCGGACCCAGAUGCAACGACAGAGGGCAAAGAGGAUCCCACCACAACAGCCGAGAGCGAUCCUCCCUCGAAAUCGUCCAAAGCCAAACCCGGGCACAUAGCACAAGGCAACACAAUUUCCGAAACCCGCACCCAAGGCCCGGGUCUCUCCUUCUCCACGAAAGAAAACGGAGUGCAGGUCUUCCGCCUCCACGGCUCCUUGCAACAAGCCACCCGCACCAGCACCCUCAAAGCCUUCACCAAGUGCGCCGAGCCAUCCCUCCUCGUCUGCACCGACGUCGCAUCUCGUGGUCUUGAUCUCCCGAACGUCGACCUCGUCAUCGAGUACGAUCCACCAUUCAGCAAGGAAGACCACCUCCAUCGUAUCGGGCGAACAGCACGAGCGGGCAAAGACGGCAGAGCCGUGAUCUUCCUCAUGCCAGGCUGCGAAGAAGGGUACGUCGAAGUCCUAAAAGAAGGCCGCCCACGAAACCUCACUCGCCACGACGCCGAAGACAUCCUGAAGAAAGGCUUCGCCGCCACGUCCGGCGUCGUCAGCAACAACCGCGAUUGGGAGGAUCGCGCGACGGAGUGGCAGCUCGAGCUCGAGCGCUGGGUGCUCGACAACCCGCAACGCCUGGAGCAGGCGCGCCGCGCUUUCCAGAGCCAUGUCCGCGCUUACACCACGCACGUCGCUGCUGAGCGCGGGUACUUUGAUUUCCAGCAGAUGCAUUUGGGCCAUUUGGCCAAGGCUUUUGCGCUGCGAGAUAAGCCGGGGAGUCUGCGGGUGCCUGGUAUGCGGCCGCGGAGCGAUGGAACGGCAAGUAAGGGGAAAGAGGCACGCAGGUCGAAGGCUGCGAACGGCGCUGCUGCUGGUCGCUCAGCGAGGACUGAUGGGGUGGAGGUCGAGUCGAACAGAAAUACCGAUGAGGCCGAGGGGAGGCGCAAGAUGCACGCGAAGAUGCGGAAUCUGGGUGGUGCGUCGGAGUUCAAUCUUGGCUGA